AUGAUAGCGCGAGCUUAUGGAAGAGUGAUUAUUGCCUUCAGCCAAUUCAGCAAUCGGAUAAUCAAGUCCUCCUACUGCCUCAUCAUUGCAUCGAGCCAACCGACAGAACCAACGCCUACAGGAAGGAGUAUUACGCAGCGGAUAGCGCUCGGCUGCAACUUUGUUACCUAUUCUAUUCCUUUUUACUUUACAGCUCAAAUAGUGUCGAUAUUCUUCAUGAUUAUGUUAAUCAUUGUCUACAUGCUGCUGCCCAAUUUCAAGUCUAUCCAUGGCAAGUGUUGCAUCUGUUACUUCCGCUGCCUCACUGUUCUAGUCUUCAACUGGACAGACACCAGUCAUGGCAUUGCCUGCAAAUUGUUUGGGUAUGCUGGAUAUUAUGCCGUUUUGGUAACAUUCUGUUGGCUUUCGGUAAUAAAUUAUAACCUGUGGAAGACGUUCAACAACAUUGGCGUCGGGCAAAAGGUCCGGUUCGCUAGGUACAACAUCAUCGUUUGGAGUGCUGCUGCCGUCUUGGUGUUAGUUAUAUUUCUGUUCGAUUAUCUUCAUGAAUUUAUGGGCAUUCCGAUCAAUUUGAUACCGGGUAUCGGUCUCUACACGUGCUGGAUCAAUACUUUUUGUUGGUCAGCCAUGAUCUACUACUUUGGGCCAAUACUCCUUCUGCUUCUUCUCAAUAUUACACUUCUUAUUAAAACAACAAAUCGAAUAGUUGUACAAAACAGAGGGAACCGACGCGUACUAAAAUUAUCGGAUGGCCAGCGCAACUUCAGAAAUCUGACUAAGUAA